AUGUUGUCCUCGGAAGAACCCCAGGACAGUAGAACCGGGCCCAAAGUCACUGACCUUGAGACAGAGCUGGCCAGCAGCCCAGGUGGGAAGCCAGCUCCCCAUCAGAAGACCCUCCCUUCAGCCAACCUAACAUUCCUCUUUGACUGCACUCCGGGGAAAGUGCUCUCACAGCCAGUGCCCCCACUGCGUCCCCAAGCCCCACGUUUGCCCCUGAGGCGAGUCACCCCUCCCAUGAAGACCUACCUAGUGUUCUGUGGGGAUAAUCAGAUCUAUCACACACAGGAGAUUCAAGUGGGUAGGGACCACUUUACACAGGCCAUGGAGACCAUGAAGCCUGGCAAGGACAUGGAAGCCCCAGAUCCUCGCCCUGUCACUCCUCCCUGUACGCAGCAGGCCCUUGAAGCCAAGAAGAGCCCCUUGAAGUCUGUGCCACUGAGAUGUUCAUCCUCAGGUGCAGCCAAGGGCUUGCUCAAAGGGCUUCUCAAUUCCUGUUCCUGUGGUAGGGGGCUUGCUAAUGGACCGGAAGAGGAGGAAAGCAGGCCAAUACCAAAGGCCCAGGGGCUGCACUUCCAGGAGCCCAAUUCCUCUUCCCCGGCCCAGCAGAAGUCUUCUGUGCCUAGACAUUAG